CCUCAGUCUACAAGUAUGGAAGAUGUAGUCCAUUAUCCAUAUAAAGAGUGCAUCAUUCAUAGUAGCUCGCGACCUGCUCAUGGGGAAAGACAAAGUCUGAAGGUUCAAUUUAGUGAUCAUGUAGUUAUACAUACAAACCCAAACCAUUUCUCAGAAGAAGAUAAAGUUAGUAUGACAAACACUAGUACUCCUUUGACUACUAAUUCCACAGUUAAAAAUGAUGGGAGAGACCUGCAAAAAAGUACACACAAAUCAGUGAUUGACAGAGAAGCCAACAGUAAUUUACCUGAAUUAGAGAACGUUAAUUAUCGAGAUCAAAAUAAAGAACAUUACUACACAGAAGACAUCGUUAAAGUUUUAGAUAAAAACACUUCAUCAACUAAUACUCCCAGCAUCCCAGUUAGAGAAUACAAGUCAUUGGUUAAGUUUGAAUUGGAUAAGUUAUUGCAGUUGUGUGACCCUGUAAACAGAUCAUAUUCGGAAGAUUCUGUGAAUUCGACACAGAAAUAUAUUUUGGAAAGAAAAGAAAUUCGACAUGACAAAUCUCCAAAUCACGAGUGUGACAUUAAUAAAAGAUCUGCAGAAGAAGAGUGUGGAAAAGAUUUGGACAUGUCUAGAAAACUGAAUCGUACUUUAGAAAACUUCAAAAAUAAUAUGCACAAUGGCAACAUUCCACAACCUUUUUCUGAUUCAUAUCUUACUUCACUGAUGGUUACUUCCAGUAAUAACAAAUACAGCCUAAAUAGGAUGAGUUAUUUAAAUGCAAAUUGUAGUUUUUCAAAUGUGAAAGAAACUUUUUUUAACCAACAGUUAGACUCUUCUGGACGAAAUGGAAAAGAAGCCAGAAAAGUGCAACUAUGUCAAUCUGAGAAAGAGACUACUGGAGGCAACCAGCCAGUUGUUUUCUCUGAUAAUGUGUGUACUGGACAUAGAACAGAAAACCCCGAAGGAAAGACUUCUAAUCUCAUCAAAUACCCCCUUCUGUUAGAUGAAGUGAUAUCCAAACAAUCUAUAUUGAAACAUUAUCCUAAACCUUUUUCGUCAGAGAUGUGUGAUAUGAAUAGCUUGAAACAAAAAUUGGAAAAUGAAACUGCUGAAAUGCCCCUCCUGCCAAUUGAAAAUGACCAAUAUAGCCCAACUGAUAAUGCCACAGUGGCUCGUAAUGAAGAAAAUGACACUUCUUCAGCUUUUUCAAAAGCAUCUGUUUCUUGUGAACGUAAGCCAGUUGCAUCAAAAUAUAAAUCACUGUUGUCUAAUUUUGAAGUUCCAAAACAUUCCCAACUUUCAGUUGAAAAUUCAUCAUAUGAGCCCAAAUCAUUAUCAAUAGAUGAAGCUAGACUCAGUUUACUGACAGAACAAAUGAAUGAUAAAAGUAAAUCCAAACCCAAUUCAUCACCUUCGCUGGAGCACAGUGACAUUGGUGAUGUCACAAAAGAAAGAAGUCGAGGAGUAAAACGACAUGUUAAUAAAUUAGACGUCCGAGAUUCAUCUGGAUUCUUUACUUCUUUCAGUACCAGUGAUUUUCACUCAGCCAUGGAAUCUUUUGGCAGAAGUUUUAGUUCACCGUGUACAUCUGGUUCUCCUUCCACAUACACUGAACCAAGGAGUGUAGAAGAUUACGAGCACCUAGUUUCUGUUUUGAAGGUUGAAAUACAUAGACUUGAAAUUCAAUUAGAACAUGCAAUAAAAUCUCUUCUACGAAUAAGGCAAGAGUCUCAAGCAAUUGUGGAAAAAAUACAAGAUGAAAAAUACUACUUUGAAUUGACACUUUGUAAAGAGGCAGAAGAUUUUAAGAAUCAUUUAAGAUUGUACGUAGAAAAACUGGAAGAAGAAUUAUUUAGAAAAGAAAGAGAGUUUACAAUUCAAAAGAAAAAGUUAGAGAAGGAAAAACUUCUCCUUCAGGAUGAAAUCAAAUCACUGAGAAAGGAACUUUCCAAGGUUUUGGAACAACAAGCUCACUUUAAAACAAAAGAAAAGAAAACAAGAAACAAUGAACCAAUGAGAGAAUUGUAUGAGAAGCUAGAUAACGAACAUGCAACUGAAACUGAAUUGGAAAAGAAACUAAAAGCUCAACAGCUGCAGCUAGAAGAAGUGAAGAGAAACACUGAAUAUGUAACUAAGGAAUUCCAAAUAAAACUUGAGAAGAUGUUUGAAGAAAAUGCAAGGAAAGAUAUGAUGUUGAGAGCAAUGGAAAAUAAGCUCAGUGUUUUGAAUGCAGAGAACCAGCAGCAUUUACGGAAGCAGAACACAGUAGUUGGCCAAGACAGACUUGAAACAAGUAUAGACAAUCAUAAUGGAAACUUUUGUGCUCUUGAUGGAACCUCGAAACAACACCAACUCAAAUGCUUAAAAACAGAGAUGGAAUACAUUCAGGAAGAACUAAACCAGAGAACUCGCAGGUGUGAAGAGUUACGUCGUACCGGACAGUAUUGGAAAGAAGAAGUUGCUAGUUUACGUCAAGAGCUCGCCAAACUAAACAAGGAAAACUACAGUUUGUACACCUUUGCUGAAAGACUAAGAAAUUUUGUGGAAAGUCAAAUAUAUAAUGGUGGUAAAUUUGUGGAGGAAUUGGGGAAGGUACAAUCCAAGGAUGACCUGAAUGCUGAAAUCGGAGAAGAAACAAUGGCAGAAGUUUUUAAAGCAAGAAACUCUCUUCAAACACAGCUAUGUGAAAUGGAAGGAAAGCUUAACAAGUUGACUGAGCAGCUAAAAGACUUUGCAACUGAAAAGCAUAUUCUGGAAGCUGAGAUAGAGAAACAGAAAACAGCUCAGGAAGUUGCUAACCAAGAAUUAAAGACAUUUAAAGAAAAGAAAAAACAGGAAGAAAAAGUGCUUACUCAAGAGAUAGAAACUGCCAAGAUGGAAAUGAAACAAGUAAAUGAAGAGCUUAAACAGUGUAAGACAGACUUGGAAAACAAGGAUGUUUUAGUUAAAGAUCUCCUACAUAAAAGUGAAGGAUUUGAAAAUCAAAGUUACAGUCUUCAUGCAUGGAUGGGAGCGGAGAUAAACAAUAUCCUCAGGUUGGAAGAAAAAAUAGCUACUUUAUCGAAGGAAAAUAAGGAAAUUUGUGCUCAAAACAAAAAACUGACUUCAGAAUUAGAUGUUUCAAAUAAUGACUUAGAACAAGAAAGAUCUCAAAAUUCAAAGAAAUUCUCUGAAAGUAAGAAGAUACACCAAGAUGAAAUAAGAAGAUUAAAAGAAUAUAUUGAAAAAAUUGAGUGUGACUUGUUAAAGGCUGUGACUGACCGUACAUCCCUACAAAAAACAGUGAAGCAUACUCAGGAAAGCUUUGAAGAGUUUCAGAGUAACAUUUGCCACCUGGAGUUUAAGCUUGGGUCUGUACAAAAGCAAUUAAUAGAAAAGACGGCAGCGUAUAAUGCAUCUAAAUCGUGGUGUGAUGACUUGCAGAUGAAGGUGAAGAACUUGCAAGAGGAUAAGAGCAACCUCGACACCUCUGUAAAGAAACUAAAACUUAAAGUUGCUGAAUUGGAAGACUGUUGGAAGUCUGCAGAACAAGAAUUAUCAGAUAUCAAAAGAGAAAAAGAAGACUUUGAGAUCUCAUCUGUCACCCAGGACAAGCAGAUAUUAACAUUUCAGCAUCAAGUUCAUGAUCUUAAAGAACAGUUGUCACUGAAAAAAACAGAAUAUAAAAAUAAAAAGGACAAACUAAUCGCGAUAUGGCGAGAACGGGAGACUGAACUAAUUGACAAGAUUGAAGAACUGAAUGCUAGGAUUGAAUGUGGUAACACUCAGUCUCACCAGCUUGCUGCAGAAGUUAAAGACUUGAGAUCGAGAUGGACGAAAGUAACUCAGGAAAACGCUACUCUCCACAGUGUCCUGAAGGAGUUUGAACAUAAGCUGUCUAUUGCUCAGUUAGAACUGAAAGAAACAAAAGAAAAGCUAAAAACGGAAAAUCAGCUUGUCAGUGUUCUCAACUUCAAAAAUAACCAGCUGGAAGAAGAAAUUGAGAGAAUGAGAGAGGUUCAAAAUAGUAGUGGGUAUACAUCGAAGAAUGAUUCAAGUGAAGACUCAUCUCCACUUAAAGACUGGAGCACCAGAGUAGAAGGCUUGAUUGUGUCUCAACUCAAAACAUAUUUUAACAAUAAUUCAAAAAACUUAAAAUCAGAGCAGGUUACAGACUUUGCUCAUAGAACAGCAGAGAUGUUACGAAUGGACCUACUCAAGUCUGAGAAUUCAAGACUGAAAGCCUCUCUGUUCAACUCAAAGAAGAAAGAUGGUGAAAUAAGUAGAAAAGAAGCAUGGGUCCGACAACCGGUAUCCACAAGUGAUGUUGAAGAGGAGAUCAACAAAUCCCUCCUUCGUGCCCAUUUACACUUAUACAAAUCUAACCAAGGGUCAGGUAACGUCCCGGCUUUGACAGCUUUUGAUAUAUUACGUGCUUCCACACCAGAUUCCUUCCAUGUUUCAAGACAAGCUCACUCUUCCAAAUAUCCAGAAACAAGUUCCCAAAAUUCUAUGCUUCCUGAACGAGAAUGUGAUGUCCAGUCACACAGUAAAAGUCAGUAAUAUUAAAAUAAGAUUUUAGUGAAGAAGAAAAAAUAAUAUAUUUUUUGUAACAAAAUUAUUUCGUAGAUUUAUAAUAUAAAUUUUCUAGUCCUAAAAUUUAUAGAUUUUUUAAAAUUAGUUAAUCCAGGUUAGCUAUAAACAAUUGACAAAGUUUAUAUUUUUUCAUUGUUAUUUAUAAUCUAAACCUUACUUCUGUUACU